GACACCUUGGAACAUCGAUAUGCUCCCAUUCGCCAUUCAGGUAUUCUGUUGAAGCAGUUAGCAGCCGCGCUUCCGAUGACGAAGUGAAAGUGGAACCCGCAGAAGAGGGCAUGAGCAUAUCCUCAUAGUGCACCCCCAUAUCUCAUCCCCUUAUUACCCGAUAUCAGUGAGAGGCAGGCUCUGAUUUCGACUUCCACUCCUAUAAGUAUUGGUUAUGGGCGCUUCAGAAUCUACCUUCUCAGGCUCCCAGCAGAGGGCAGAUGACAAAAUCACUACCGUAUCAGAGCGAUCGGAGGCCGCGGACCCCAUUUUGGAGAAGCUCAAGUCGCUCAAAAUUACAUCCCCCAUAUUGACGUCUGCCCCGGCAGAGAGUAGCUUAACUGAUAUUUUACUGAGGAAGCCUUCGUCAUCGUCGGUUCCAGCUAUUGUAAAUCCGAAGAUCCUACUGGAUCUCUUCUCAAUGUACCGUGAUUGGCAGGAAGACAAAGCUCAAAAGAUAAGCAAAAGACAGGAGGAGAUAGAAAAUAAAAUAGAAGUUGCAGAUGCUUUGGCAGUUAAACUUCUUCAGCGAUUUAACCACUCAGUAUCUACAAUGAAGACCGCUUCACAACACCUAUCUGAAGUACAUGCAUUGCAGGUGGAAAUUGGAGAGCUUAAAGGACGGUUGACUGAAGUUAUCAGUAAUUGUGAUGCUCUGUGCAAAAGAAUUACAGCAGAAGGCCCAGAAUCUCUCAGAUCAUCUAUUAAGCCUUUUACAAUUACUAAAACUGACCAAGAAAUCUUAUCCAACUCACCUAAUUUGCAGACAGGUUUGAUUAGAAAUCCACCUUCAGAAGAAUAGUUUGACUGCCGCGUUUGCUUCCUGUAUACGUCAGAGGAUUUCCACGUUCUUGUUGAACUUGGGGUUUCCCUUCCAUAUCUGACUUGAAUGGUUGGAUAAGAUGUUUGGCUAAAUUGCUAAAAGCCUUGUUUUGGAUGAACGGCAUGAAAUUUGCUAUUAGUUUAGAACUUGAGAUACAAGUCCGUGGCACGCUCGAUCCAUGUUGCCAUGCUUCUGCAUAAGGGAGCUUUGCUGCCGCACCGACUCCUUAUUUGUUGUGUAAGUACAAAACGGCAAGAGACCAUGUCGCCUUUUGAUUCGACAUGUCACAUGUAACCAGAUGUAGAGUGAUUAUUUCAUAUUGCAGAUUUCUUUUUCCCAGCUAGAUCAUAAUUUAGUUUACCAACAUUUCAUUUGCAAGAGUGAUAGAAAAUUUUAGUAAUUUUCCUUGAAGUUCGGUUAAAUGAUAUCGAAUCAUUUGUUUUUUAAA